GUAGGCAGAGACCUACGUUUCCGUAGCAACUGGGGCCGGUCCGUUAACCGCAGCGGCCGCUGAACUGUCGGAGCUCAUCGAGGAGCAAGGGGGGGAUUGUAGUCGGUAACUGGAUACCACCUCUGUCUUGUGGGGCACAGAGACACGGGGGCGACGCAGUAUCGAGGCGGCGAGCCCGCAGUUCCGUGCGGAGAUGCUGAAUAUGUGGAAAGUCAGAGAGCUGGUGGACAAAGCCACCAAUGUGGUUAUGAACUACUCAGAGAUCGAGUCCAAGGUGAGAGAGGCCACCAAUGACGACCCCUGGGGACCUUCUGGACAACUGAUGGGAGAAAUAGCCAAAUCUACCUUUAUGUAUGAGCAGUUCCCAGAGGUGAUGAACAUGCUGUGGACCAGGAUGCUGAAGGACAACAAAAAGAACUGGAGACGAGUCUACAAGGCUUUACUACUGCUGGCCUAUCUGAUCAGGAACGGGUCUGAAAGAGUCGUCACCAGUGCCAGAGAACACAUCUACGACCUGCGAUCUCUAGAAAAUUACCACUUCAUUGAUGAGAACGGUAAGGAUCAGGGCAUCAAUGUGCGUCAGAAAGUGAAAGAGAUGGUGGAGUUCAUCCAGGACGAUGACAGACUGAGAGAGGAGAGGAAGAAAGCCAAGAAGAACAAAGAUAAAUAUAUUGGAGUCUCAUCUGACAGUAUGGGAGGAGGAGGGGGCAGCUUCAAGAACUCUAAUGAGUUGGAUCGGAAUAAGUGGGAUGAGGACUGGGAUAAGAGCAGAGGAGCUUUCCCCUUCAGUGAGAAGCUUGGAGAGAUAAGUGACAAGAUAGGCAGCACCAUUGACGACACAAUCAACAAGUUCAGGAAGAAGGAACGAGACGACUCACCCGACAGAAUCAGUGACAACGAGGAGGACCGAGCAUCGAGAAACGGACGGCAGGACACCCUGGAGUUUAAAGACGAGGAGGAAACUGUCACAACGAAGAGCAUCCAGAUCACACAAGCAACGGAAACCACCACCACCACCACGCGGAAACGCAGCAGAGCGACGAGCAGCAAGACUCUGGACCUGGGUGCUGCAGCUCACUACACUGGAGACAAGAGCCCAGAGGAGAAGUCAUCAGUCAGGCAGUCAUCCAGUAGCGGUUUAGCUGACCUGUUAGUGAUCGACCCUUCAUCCAGUCAGAGCGCCACAACAGGUGGCAGUUCAGACCUCAUCGCUGGUUUUGCUGAUUUUUCCUCUCCUGCAGCCUCUGCCAGCCUCCCAACCUCCACAGCUGCUGCAUCAUCCAAUGGAAACGGAGAAUUUGGAGACUGGAAUGCCUUCUCGGCCAAUCCACCGGCUGCGUCCAGCUCUGCUCCCUCCCAGCCCGUCACUGACCUGUUUGGCAGCGUCCAGUCACCCACAGCCCCAGCCUCUAAUCCCGCCUCUGUCCCACCUUCUGCUGAGCUGUUUGACCUGAUGCUGAUGGGCGGAGUUAACCAUCAGCUAAACAAUCCACAUACAACGCUGAGUGCAUCUCAGAGCAUGACUUUCUCUCUGGGAGGGGCGACGCCAGGAGCAUCUGUUGCCAUGCCCACCAUGCCCCUUUCUCGCUCUCAACAGAGCUUGGGAGGCAUGACGUCUCAGCAGCCCAUAGGACAACAGCAGAAGGCUGGGGUCGGAGGUCAGGGAUCCUUAGGGUCAACAUGGUCUGACCCUUCCGUCAACAUCAGCCUGGACUUCCUAUCAGCAGGCCUGAACCCCACUAAGACACCACCCACACUCAACAAUAUCAUCCAGCAACAAGGAGUGCCUCCCGUCAACCUGUUGGCCCAGAACUUCGGUGGACUGAACCUCAGCUCCCCGCCCCAUGUGACACCCAUCAGACCACCAGCCAAUCCCAUGAUGGCAGGCAGUGCCAUGCCGGUGGGCAUGCCUGCAUCAGUGGCAACUGGCAUGCCUUCAUCCUUGGCAGCGGGUAUGCCACCUUCAAUGACCACGGGUACAAUGGGGAUGGGGGGAAUUCCUGUAAACCAAGGCAUGAUGGGAAUGAACAUGAGCAUGAAUAUGGGCAUGACCACUCCGGUGAUGAUGGGUGGUAUGGCUGGCAUGGGAGCACCAGGAGUCGGGAUGGGCCUAGCACAUUCUGUCACCCCAGCUGUGGUCCCACCCAAACAAGAUGCCUUUGCUAACUUUGGCAAUUUUGGGAAAUGAAGGAGCGAAAAUGUAUGUGUGAGUGUGAGUGUGCAUGUCUGACAACAUGAGAGUGUAAGCCACAGAAGGACUGCUGUACUUGAAGACAACCUUGCAUGUUUCUCUGUCUGCUUCUGCUCUUUUUGGCGAGGUGGUACCAGUGAUUGUUCACCAUCCCAGUGUGAUGAUAUAAUCUUGGAGGCAGGGGAGCGCGCCCGCUGGUGCCACCCUGCUGCUGAUAACUUGACGUGUGAAUUUAUGUCACACAGAGGGACACCUGAAGAGCAGGGAAGUUUUCAACCCACAGCUUGUAGUCAUUACUUUCCUGUGGGGAGAGGAUCUUCGUAUUUACCCAUUUUAUAAAUGACCUGCAGUGUUUUCCCCCUUCACAACAAAACAUCACUACAAAACAUUUUUCUCCGUAACUGCACGGAGAAUACAAUCAGUAGGGUUGACUCAGAUGAAAAUGGCAUUGCUGCCUUAAUUUUGCAUUGUAGCCUGAGAUAACAUGUUUUAUAUAAUUUCAGCCAAAUUCAGUCAGUUCAUGAAAUUCAAGCCAUUACAUUAUUGCCAGGGGGAGACUCUGUUUCUUUCUCUCAUCCUUGCACAAACAGCAUAACAGAGUAUCUGGAGUAUACAGAAUCCAUGUGUUCUGGUCCUCCAGCAGAGGGCAGGAUGGGUGUUUGAAGUGUCCUCUUCUUCUCCCCUCCCCUAGCAGUUCACACUAGAUGGAUGAACAGUAAGACACCUAGAGUUUUCUUGAUGUUUACAAGACACCACGAGAGAAGCUUUGAACUGCUCAGAUUAAAGGUCCCUAACAUACUUUUGAGCUCUUUAUAUAAUUAUAACAGGUUACCGUUAAAAGUGAUACCACUUCCUAUUUUGGAUGCAUCUGUCAUAUUAGCGCCUGGUGUCAGAGUCAGUCAGUAUUUUAUUCAAACUACUAUCAAGUGAUAUUUUUUUCUUUAUGCCCCCCUGCCAUCAUGUCCCCUCAGACACACUCACUUUCUGACCCACACAGAUGUAGUAUUCUGCUCUGGCAUACAGACACUGUUAAAGGAUAGAGGUGCAGCAGUCUAAUGAGUAUUUUUCAGCUUGCUGUGGGAAAAAAAAGAGAGUCAUCAUCCACAAGACACACAAUAGAAUUUCACGGACACCCCAACAGUGAACCUUUAAUUACAAAGUAUUUUUGCCAGCAAACAUUUUUCACUUUGCAGCUCACUUUUUGCAUAUCUGGGCCUCACAUACCGUGUACUAGAAGAAUAACUACCCCUACAUGUGACAUGGAUAAGAUAAAGUGAGCGAAUUUGAUUUUUUUUUUUUUUUUUUUUUUCAUUCACCUAGUUUUAAUAAAUGAUUUCUAUGGCUAGCUGAGACCAAUCCAAAGGGUUUUGGGAUCUCGAGUGAAGUGUAUGUGUGAGACAUGAGUAAAUGAGUGUGUGUGACUUUGUGUAUGGGUUUAGUUUUCUCUUGUUUGAUGUGCAAACACAGCUAAGCAGAGCCUCUUGUCAUUUUCUGAGGCACUGCACUCCAAAUGACCAAAUCUUUAUUUUGUUACUCUCAGAAGGAUGAUUCCAUAGCUAUUAGCUUAAUAUUUUAUUAGUUUAAUUGUAAGGUUCUGUUCAUAUGGGAGAGCUACUAAUAACAUUAUUUAGUUGACAGGAAUCAUGUUUUUUUUUUCGGUACAGCUCAUUUCAUUUGAUUGUACUCUCUAUUUUCUGUACUUCAUUCAACAUUAAAUUAUAACAUUAAA